AUGGCAUUGCUCACCAUAGGUGUAGCUAUUGGCGUGUAUAUAUAUAACAAAAAAAUCCAUUUAAAGAAAAAUAAUCUGCAGGAUAGUGGCUCUACUCAUAAACCAUUAGAAAGCCCUUCAACUGUUAAUAAAAAUAGGGGAAACCCUACAGAUGUAGCUAUUAAUAGUGCUUCUGUAGAUGAUUUAAAUAGUUCAUAUAAGGAACAUGCAGCAAACAGUUCAUAUGAGGGACAUGAUGCAAAUAAUUCAUAUGAGGAACAAAGCUCAAAUAAUGUAUAUGUGGACUGUAGUAAAAAUACUUCUGCUACAAUAAAAGAGGGUGCUAAACAAAUGAAAUCUAGUGAAAACAACUCUACGCCUAAAUCUAUAGAAGAACAAAAGCAAGAACAGAAAUCAGGGUUUUUUAGUACUAUUUUUAAACCUGUCUCAAAUUUGUUUGGUAGUGAAUCUAGUACUAAAGACAUUGCAAAAGAUGCUAGUCCAAAAACUAUUAUGAAUACAGAGAUUCCUUCAAAAGAAAAUCCUAAAACACAGCAGAUUCCUUCAGAAGAAAAUCCCGAAACACAGAAGGUGCCUUCAAAAGUAGAUGAAAAAAGUGUUAUGACUAAAGAAGAGGAACUUAAAGAUAUGUUUGGAAAGAUAUAUACGACAUAUGAUAAUGAUUAUAUACCAAAUGACUAUAUUAGUGACCAAGAAACUCAAAAAAAUAUUUUAAAGUGCUUUAAUGAAGUUAUAAUAGAGGAGGUUUAUGAAAAUAGCAAGCCUAAGCACGUGACUUUGAAUAAUCUUUUAAUAGAAUUAAGUGAGAUACAAGAGGAAAGUAAUGAUAUUUUACAUAUAGAUUUGAGCUAUGUGACUUUUAAAUGUCCACCUUUAUUUAAAGAAGAUAAGUAUAUGCAUCGCUUGUUAUUGGGCUACUAUAACAGGAAAAAUGGCUCUCUAGAUAAAUUAAAAAUAGAAGGCUUUUCUCUAACAGAUAAGGAUUCUGGGGUUUUUUCCUUCAGUGAAUUGCUACGCAGUAUAAAUAAUCUCUGUCUUGAGAAUACAGUGGUUUCUAUCGAUUUACUAAGGGCUAUUUCUGAGAUGAAGAAUCUUCAAGUUUUAGAGCUUGGAAAACAAACUAAAAUACUAGAAGACAGUACGCCUGAACUAAAUUUGUCAAAUAUUCAGAAACUAUACAUGCAUGAUAUAGACAGCACGAGUGCACAGAAAAUUCUUCAAUCAUUGGGCCCAAGAGAUAAAUAUUUAGAGCUUUAUAUAAGAAGCAUUAAUUUUAUUCCAAGCUCUAUUAUUAAUAACAUAAAGUGUCUAGACAAGAUUAAAAUAUUUGACCUUAGUAAUACUACCAUUGAAAAGGAGCCGGAUUUCGGAUUCUUAGAAAAAAUGAAGAGCCUACAUACUCUUAAACUAUACAAAAUUAUGUACUCAUCUACAGAAGAACUAAAUGAAGAAAACAUAAACGAAAUACAAGAAAAAGUAGACCUUUUAAAUCCUACUUUGCAACAACUAGAUGAGAAAAAUGAUUUACCGAAUAAUGGAGUAUCACUCUUGGCAGAAAACAACAUGAAAAUAGGAGCACAACUAACUGCAUCGCGUAUUUGUGUUGAUGGAAAGUUAUACAAUGACUUAGGACUAAGCAAACUAAAGGUUAAAGAGCAUGCUAAUAUAGACAUAAUUUUUUACAUUCUUAUACAAGAUGGAUAUAGGUUUUUUCCAUAUAAUAUAAUGUUCAGCAUUGAUAAGAAAACUAAAAUAGUCGAGAUAAAACCAGGUUCAGACAUAGAAGCUUGCGAGGCAAUUACUAAUGCACUUCAGGGCAUACCUUAUCCAUUCACAGAGUGUUCAGAUGUAGAAACUAUAUGUAUGCGUAUGAGGAGUAGUGGAAAAGUCAAAGCUGGCUUUGCAGAUAUGUUUUUAAGUAAAAUAUUUGAGUACUCUGGGGAUACAAACACUGUGAAGAAUAUAUGUAUUGAAUCAAAUAAGUUAUACGAAAUGAGUAAAGAUUCUUUUGAAAUGUUUAGCGAGAAGUUUAAAGAAGUUUUGAGAUUAGAAUUAAAGAACAUAUCUCUAACUGUAUCAGAGAAGUUCAAAGAAAAUACUGAAACUGGCUUAGAUAAACAAACAGGCACAUCUUAUGAAAAAGUCAAUGAUUCUACCAAAGACUAUUUAUUUGAAAGAAAAUCUAAGACUGACAAGUUUGAAAUGGUAGAACCGAAAUAG